UGCCGGGAAAUACAGCAGUGAAACAGCACAUAGCUCUGAGGCUGGUGCUGAUUUGCGGUGUGAGAGAAUGUUAAUGUGCGUGUGUGUUUCUUUUCAUUUCUCCCAGAUCUGAUUAACUCCUCACCACAGGCCCUUCCGCAACUGUUUGUGUGAGUGUGUGUGUGUGAAGAGGGCUUUUGGGAAGAGACCCCCCCAGGGGUGACUGCUGGGACUGAGCAGUUACAAGAGGCUUAUCUUUUUCAGAGUGGGAUAAACCAAAAAACUAUUCAUCUCAAACAUUUCUUCUCCUAAGACCUUAUCUCAAGUGUCCUGCAGGUACUACAGACAGAGGUCCCUCGCUCUCUCUUUUUUUCAGGAGACAACAGCUCUCCGAUACAGGGACUGUGUGUGUGGCCUAGUCAUUGAGGAUGAAGUGGAACUUGUUCAAGAAUAAGCCAGAGGCCAUGGUGGGUCCAGAGCCCACGGGCACAGGCGCCACCAUGACCGCGGCCCCAGCUGUCGCCAUCGCCACCACCGUGGCUGAACCCCCAGGCAAUGGCACAGUUUCCAAGAACGACAUGUUCGAAGAGAUCAAGAGCAAGUUCAUGAACGAGAUCGAUAAGAUCCCACUGCCCUCCUGGGCCAUCAUAGCCAUCGCUGUGGUGGCUGCCCUCCUCAUCCUCACCUGCUGCUUCUGCAUUAUAAAGAAGUGCUGCUGUAAGAAGAAGAAGAACAAGAAGGGCAAGAAGGGAAAAGAUGGCCUCAACAUGAAGAACAUGAAAGGGGACGAGAAACAGGACGACGACGAUGAUGAAGGCGAGACAGGCCUGACGGAGGAGGAGAAAGAGGAGGAGGAGAAGGAGGAGGAGAAGCUUGGCAAGCUGCAGUACUCGCUGGACUAUGACUUCCAAGACAGUAAGCUGACUGUGGGAAUCCUCCAAGCUGCUGAUCUUAUCUCCAUGGACAGCGGAGGAACCUCUGACCCGUACGUCAAGGUCUUCGUCCUCCCAGACAAGAAGAAGAAGUUUGACACCAAGGUUCAAAAGAAAAACCUGAACCCUGUCUUCAAUGAGUCAUUUGUUUUCAAGUUACCGUAUGAUGAGCUCGGUGGGAAAACCCUGGUGAUGUCAGUCUUUGACUACGACCGAUUCUCCAAGCAUGACAUCAUUGGAGAGGUGAGGAUCCCCAUGAACACCAUUGACCUGGGACAGCCCAUCGAAGAAUGGAAGGACCUGGAGAGUGCAGACAAAGAGGAGCCUGAGAAGCUGGGAGACAUCUGUAUCUCUCUCCGUUACGUGCCCACCGCUGGCAAACUCACUGUCUGUAUCCUGGAGGCAAAGAACCUCAAGAAGAUGGACGUGGGUGGACUGUCUGAUCCCUAUGUGAAGAUCGCGUUGCUGCAGGGAGGCAAGAAACUGAAGAAGAAGAAGACCACUGUGAAGAAGAACACUCUGAAUCCGUACUACAACGAGUCCUUCAGCUUUGAGAUCCCAAUGGACAUGAUGCAGAAAAUAUUGGUGGUGGUGACAGUGUUUGAUUAUGACAAGAUUGGCAAGAAUGACGCCAUUGGGAAGAUAUUUGUGGGCAGCAAGGCGACGGGCCCUGGUCUGAAGCAUUGGUCUGACAUGCUCUCUAACCCCAGGCGUCCCAUUGCCCAGUGGCACCCACUACAACAGGAGGAGGAUAUAGAUGCAGCAUUGGCAGGAUUAAAUGCAAAAAAGUAACUUAACUUGUCCAAUUGAUUACCAACUAACCAACUAACUCAGAAACCCUCCCUCCCCAAUCGUCCUACACUGCAUGAAAUUCAUGACUUACACAUGAUUCUGUCAUGUCUACUUGAAACACUGAACAACAAAAAAAAUGAAAGAUCUAGAAUAUCAGCUUAUUCAUAGUUAAAUCGAAGAACAUAAACAACACCAUAGCAUUUCACGUAUUUAGUGUAUAGUGAGAAGAGGGAGAUUGAGCGAUAAA